AUGUAUUAUCACCCAGUGAGCUCUUUUUCUCCAAUAAACAUUCAUCAUAAUUAUGAUUUAUUUUUCUUGAUUAAUGAAGGUAAUUUAAAACUAAAUGAAUCAUUGUACAGAACAUCAGCUGGCUGCAAUCUAUCUGCUCGUGGAGCAGCACAAAAUCAAACCGCUGUCAAUUUCUCUCAUCCAGGUACACUAGCUGCUGCGAAUGGCUUACUUUCCGGUGAUUGGUGUGCUAUGGCUACAAACAAUAUAGGCUCAUCACCACGUGUUGGUGCAUCUGGUACUAAUUUCCGUCUACCAAUAUCACAUAUAUGCAAACGAUAA